AGCCAAUAGCAUUUCAUUACCGUUUACGAUUUUGUUUGACAAUUCAUUAUUCUAACUAUUUCCGACACUGAAAUUGACAACAAACUUACGAUUUGGUAAUGGGCGACAGCAGCUCAUGGAUUUGUUUAUAAAAUUGUUUUGAAAAAUAAACGGCCUAAAUAAGGUUAAUUUGUUAUUUAAACUUGUUAAGAAAAUACUUCAAAAUGCCGAGUGAAAUGAUAACAUUACAACUCGGCCAAUGCGGUAAUCAAAUUGGUUUCGAGUUUUGGAAGCAAUUGUGUAUAGAACAUGGUAUUUCUCCUGAGGGUAUACUCGAGGAGUAUGCUUCGGCUGGUUCAGAUCGAAAAGAUGUAUUCUUUUAUCAAGCCGACGAUGACCAUUACAUUCCUCGCGCCGUUUUAUUGGAUUUGGAGCCUCGUGUCAUACAUACGAUAAUGAACUCGCCAUAUGCGAAGCUAUAUAACCCUGAGAAUGUCUAUCUGUCAAAACAUGGAGGAGGUGCUGGUAACAACUGGGCAUCAGGAUAUGCUCAAGGUGAGAAGCUGAAUGAAGAAGUGUUUGACAUUAUAAACAGAGAAGCUGAUGGCAGCGAUAACUUAGAGGGGUUUGUGCUGUGUCAUUCAAUAGCUGGUGGAACAGGGUCAGGCAUGGGUUCCUAUAUCUUGGAGCACUUGUCCGACAGGUUCCCAAAAAAACUGGUACAGACCUACAGUGUAUUCCCAAACUUGGAUGAAAUCAGUGACGUAGUAGUCCAGCCAUACAACUCCCUGUUGACGCUGAAGCGCUUGACUGAGAGCGCCGACUGCGUGAUGGUUCUGGAUAACACAGCGCUGAACCGCAUCGCCAGCGACCGCCUGCACAUACAGAACCCGUCGUUUGCACAGAUUAACACGCUCGUCUCUACUAUCAUGAGCGCUAGUACUGCUACACUAAGAUACCCAUCCUACAUGAACAACGAUCUGAUCAGUCUUGUGGCGCCGUUGAUUCCGACGCCCAGGCUGCACUUCCUCAUGACCGGGUACACGCCGCUGACGGCCGACCAUGAACUCAAUACCGCGCCGAAAAUUCGAAAAACAACAGUACUCGACGUAAUGCAAAGGCUGCUUCAACCAAAGAAUAUGAUGGUCUCACUCAGUCCAGACAGAACGAAUCAACACUGCUACAUAUCAAUAUUAAAUAUUAUACAGGGAGAAGUAGACCCAUCACAAGUACACAAGUCACUGCAACGCAUUCGAGAACGAAAACUAGCCUCAUUUAUCCCCUGGGGCCCUGCAUCCAUACAGGUUGCACUGUCGCGCCGGUCGCCCUACGUGCACGCCUCACACAAAGUUUCAGGGCUCCUACUUGCCAAUCACACCAACAUAUCAUCAUUGUUUGACAGAUGUCUACAACAGUUCGAUAAGCUACGCAAGCGCGAAGCUUUCUUGGAGGUGUUCCGCAAGGAGCCGAUGUUCAAAGACUCUUUGGAGGAGUUUGAUGAAUCUCGUGGAGUUGUCGACGACCUCGUACAGGAGUACCAGGCUGCAGCCACGCCAGACUAUGUGCAUUGGAAUCCAGAGAGUAGUCAGAUAUAACACUGCUGGAUAGAUGAAGAUGGAACAUAAUAUGUUAACAGGACUGGAUUGAACGCACUGUGAAAGGAAUUCCAAAGGAGAUGUCAAGUGGUGUUAUGAUGAUGUACCCUCGGUUGAUAAUAAUUUAAGUUUUUUGUUUUAACAAGUGCCAUUUAUUAUUGUAUUCUUUUAAUCUCAUUUUGUUAACAUUGUUUACUCGAAUAUGUUAUGUUUUGAUGCCAUGGUAUAAGCAUUAUUACCUAAAACACGCACAGUCUGAAUAAAAGUCCGCUUUUUUACCAAGAAUUUAUUUUAUAUUUAAUAGUAGCUAUCUUUUCAACAUUCCCUUAAUCCAUACCAUUCACUUAUCACUCUCGUGCGAACGUUACACAUGUGGUUUGUACGUCCCGAUUAUUGACACGCAAUACAGACUGCUUUACAAUCUAUUUUAUAGACGAA